AAGAACGAUAGUGGGUGGAUUGUCAGCUAGUCAUUGGUCGCCGCAUUUUUGUCGGCUAGUCUGCCGUUAGUUCCGCGUACGUCGGGUACCGCACCUGGUGCCAGCGUUUUCCGACCCGUGUCGAUUUUACCAAUGGGAGUGAUAGGUUUACAUUGGUUCUUUCUAGCUUGUAAUUAUAUAGGCCCGAUGGAAGCGCAUUGGCCUGUUAGUGUACUGUAGUACUGAAACCAAAGCAUAAACCGGAAUCAAAGAUAAGCACGAUAAGAAGGAGUGGCAGGGAUUGCUGCCAAGCAACUGUACUAGUUCGAACAAUGCAAAUGCAAACCGAUACUGGAGACGGGAGCCAAUGGGGGUGGUGCACACUGUACCUACACGGAUAAGAAUAGUACCGUCUGAGACGCAUGCUACUAUAGGGUAUGAAGGAAUGGACAGGUGAAUCCAUUGGUAGGAUUCGUCAGGCCACACGAGGAAGAGAAGCUCAUUCCCGGUUUAGUUUGUUGUUGUUGUUGUUGUUGCUGUUGUUAGGCUAUAGUGAAGUGAAAAGCUUGAAAAGCGGGAGAAAAGCUGAAGGGCCGCAAUCACGGAGAGACAGAGAGAGAGAGAGAGAGUGAGAGAGAGAGAGAGAGAGAGAGAGAGAGAGAGAAACGAAAAACACAAAAGGCAAUGUUGCUACCGUCCUUUAGCUCUAUACUAACGCACUACCAGCGCUAUCGCGUUUCUUCCUGGUUUGCAUUUCUUUUUACCUCCCCCUGCCCGCCCUUUUCUGUAAAAUCGUAAGAAAGAAGCAAUUGUUGGGCUUAGCUCAACCCGUUGCGCAAUUCAUGGCGACCAAAAACGUGGUUCCCAUAGAGCACUACGAUUGUCAUUCCAUUGCUGGUGUAGAAGCCACAGCAUUCAAGGCAUGCUUUCUUCUCUCGUUAGCUUUUACCGCAGCCUGGCAUCGCGUAUGGAGCCGGAUCGAGCUACUAAGAUAGCGUUCCUAUAGUCGCGAAUGGCGGUGGUCAAAAAGAAAUUCCGCCUGAGAGCAGCACUGGCGAAUUCGCUUCAGAAUUUCUUCCUCGGCUUUCACCCAAGACUGGUUAGCAAUCUAACAAGCUGCAAUCAGCUGCAAGCAACUAAACUAAAUAAAAAUCUACUACUUACUAUGGCGGUACAGUGCAGGUGGACGAGUGAAAUAUUCGACCACCACUGCGCAGUAGAUGAGAGAAACGCAAACGAUGUUGUGAUUACACGUUAGGCAAUGUGUCCCUGAUUCGGUGUCUCAAAAAAUUUCACCUGAUACGCAGGAUGAAACCACACGGGAAGGCAUUAGAAAAUGUAAUCGAACUAAAAUACACCAGCCCCGAUAGGCGGCACCAUCGCCGUUCCGAGUAAGUGCGUCCGAUUGGACGGUAUCGGUUCUCAAAGAAUAGAAGGUUCGGUCGGAAAUACCAAAACCAAAUCAUACACUUUUCACGUUCCACUACCUGUUUAGCAGCAAAACUCGUGUCCUUGAUGGUAGAACAAUUUGUACGAUUCAUUUCAUCAAUUACUGCAAACGUGUUCGGAUCCCUCCACUAGCAACGGAAUCAAACAUUGAGGCAUUAUGGGAAGGAGUUAGUCGAAUGGAAGAGAUUUGCAGGACCUACUGGGGGUCUGGGUUUUGUGCACAUUGCAGCAUCCGAAAGAGCAAAGAAAACAAAAGAUUCCAGUAAAUAUUCAACA